CUCAAAUAAUUGAAUGGCCGAAUCACUCCAAGUCUGUCGCGGCCUCUCUCACACAAACACGAGAACAUGGUUCUCGUCCUCACAUACCUUCUACACUUCCAUAUUUGGUGAGAAUCAAUAAAGGCCUGAAGUAAAGAGGGUAGUUGCCCAUCAAUCAAUGCGAUCGUCCAUGCUCAAACCAGCUAUCAUUUGAACAGCGGUGCGCUUUAGAUAAACGUUUAUUGUAUACCGCUUGCUUAGCAGCAGAAUAGAUGGAGCCAAGAAAAAACUAGAAAGUCCUGUUUUGUCCCCUCUAGCCAAGAAAAACUCAAACAAGCAAAAUAGAUGGAGGUGCGGGGAAUCGAACCCCGUGCCUCUCGCAUGCGAAGCGAGCGCUCUACCAUAUGAGCUACACCCCCCACGCCUUGGACGUAGUAUCGGUAAGGAAAUUAUUUGUAACGAAUCACUGGAAGAGGUGUCAAUUUAUUUCAAUGUCAGCAAAAGCACCUCAGGGCUCAGAGACGCGCCGAACGGCUCGCAUUCCACCGCAGCUCUGCGCAAUUAAAGCCGCUACAUUCCCCACUGCUGGUCUGCGAACACUGAACAAAGGCAAUAACUCCUCUGCGUAUCUUCUCGGCAAUGAAAGACAGCGAAACCCACGUGAUCUCCUUUAUUUCUCACUUCCCUCCACUCCCAUUCUCCUCCUAUUUUAUUUUAAAAACAAUCAUAUGUUACCGCAUUUCAUUUUCAAAGUAUGGGUUUUUAGUCCUUAGGCGGUUCUUUUCCUCCUUAUAUCCACGGACUUUCUUUCGUACUUUGGCGUUCUCUCUCAAUCUUUGGGUUGACGAAAGGCCUGUGUCUCUGAUAGUAACUAUUCUAUUCUCUGAUUGGUAGUUGCUUAAAAGGGGGUGCUUUUACCUGUCCUUCCAAGCGUAGGGGCACAAACACGCACUUCUCGGAGCUCAUCCCAUUUGGGAGUUUCUGUUGUGGUGGGAUUGCUGGUAUUUAGACAUCAUGAAGGCUUCUGGAUCAUGCGUCUUAUUCCUGGUGGUCGGAACUGUUUUCUUGUUCAUUAACUUCUCGUGCAGCAUAACGGGCUCCUUUAUUGCCGGUAAGGUCUUCGCUCACCAUGGCGAGGAUGGUAUGAUAAUGACCAAAACAAGCAGGAGGUUGAAGGAAAAUGGCUAUACUUCGCACUCAAACAGGAAGCGCCAUACAGGUAAUGUAAAUCUGGAUGAUUACCACCCCAUUGAUCCGGUACCAAGUUCAAAGGCUUCCAUAAAACCGGGACCUAUUCAACACGGAACUCCUCUUAACCCAUAUAUUCCAAGACCUUCGCCUCCUGAUCAUCCCAAAAAUGGAGGCUCUACUUAGCCUCCCCAAGAUUUGUUCUUCAAUAUGCUGGAAAGGUUGGGUUUACUAUGAAUCAGAACUACACAAUUUUAAAAACGUACUCAUCCGGUCUUGGCUGCCGAAGCUCUUCACUUCUUGUCUUCUGACCGAGCCAUAGCUGGUUUAAGAAAAACUUGGAUUUUGAUGCAAUCUGUUCUUCGUCCAAGGUAUUUUCAUCCUCAAUUACACCCGUUGAGACGACACCUUUCUGGUAGACGUCAAUUUAAGUAGUAAAUAUACGAAGUUACUUAAAAUGUAUCGUGUUUGCCCGUGUGACUAGAGGAUAAAAUUUAAAAUGAAAAGUAGCAUUGUUUGAAAUUAUUUACAAAUUGUUUUAGAGCUUGACA